CACCUCAAAAUCUGGGUAACUAUCUCAGAGGUUUGAAAGUGGCACAGCAUGCACAUGAUGGAAGGUGAGAGUUUUCAUUCAGCUCUAUAGUCAACCUGUAACAAACCAGUUUUUAACUCGAUUCUGUCAAGGUAUGAUGCUGGGAAAGACAACUACAUUGACCUGAUGGAGCUGAAGCUGAUGAUGGAGAAGCUUGGAGCGUCACAGACACACAUUGGCUUGAAGAACAUGAUCAAGGAGGUGGAUGAGGACCUGGACAACAAGUUGAGCUUCAGAGAGUUCCUACUCAUCUUCAGGAAGGCAGCAGCAGGAGAGCUGGCAGAGGACAGCGGCCUCGGUGUCCUCGCUCGCCUCUCUGAAAUCGAUGUCUCUACAGAGGGGGUCAAAGGAGCUAAGACCUUCUUUGAAGCCAAGGUCCAGGCCAUCAAUGAGUCAAACCGUUUUGAGGCAGAGAUCCGCCAGGAGCAGGAGGCCAAGAAGAAGCAGGUUGAGGAGCAGAAACAGAGACGCACUGCUUUCAAAGAACUGCAGUCAGCCUUCAAGUGAGCGCCCCUCACUCCUCCCAGGACCUGUCACUCUGUGCUGCUCCAAUGCUGUCAGUCUGUAAAUCUGUGUGUUUGAAUGUUCCAUGUAUGGCAGACGGUGGUAGUCCCGAGUUGAACAGAGGCUCAAAGUCCCACAAAUGCUGGUCACUAGUCUACGUACAACGGACUAGGUACAUUAUGAAAAAUCAGUGCUGCUUAUAGAUUCAUCUGCCUAGAAUUGUCCAUUAAUUUAGCUUGGUAGCUCAGUAACAUUCUCAAACAUUAACAAUACAAGAUAAGUAAAUCCUACAUAUGCACACACCAACACAGCCACUUAGUGUGGAUGGUUUUCAGUCUGAACAGCAAGAGCCGGUUGUGUUUGGCACCUAAAUCUGUAAACUGUAGCUAAAAUGUGUCGACUUCUUCGUGUUUAUGUAGACUAGUGAUGAGUGCACUUGUUCCACUGCCUUGGCUACUGUGUAUGUCGGCUUGUUUGAGCUUAAUUUGACUUAACUCAUUCCAGAACUCAGUAAAUCCAAUGUGACACUUUGCAGACAUGCAAGCCAUCUUUCACACAAAAUUUAAACAAAUAGCUGAGCUCUACAUUUUUACUGUCAACUUUGGAUUUUUGUACCAUCGGGUUGAGUGGGUAUUGAGUAGAUUUUGGUGUUUGGUAUUGGUUGUGGAGCUGGUCAUUCUUAAGCACCAUGAUUUGUAUGAGCCCUCUGAAGCACAAACGUUUAUUUGUUCGUUUUUUAAAUUUCUGGUUUCAGCCAUUACUCCUCUCAAAUCUGCUAACAUUUUAUUUAGCUACUUCCGUACUGAGAUCUGGGGAUGUAGUGACUUUGCACCGACCACAUGAGCCAUCGGAAAUUUUGAAACUGUCAAAAUCGGAUAAAUCAAAAGGAGAAGACUUUUACUUGUUUUGUUUUGGCAAAAACAUGUUUAAAACAUUAAAUUGAAAAAAACAUGUAAUUCCACAUGUUCUUCCUGUCUUUGCAAAUCUUAAGUAAUUUAGACAUUACUACAGUAUUAGAUCUAGAGAUGGAUAAUAGACGAUAAUAGAUAAUAAAAUGUAAUUUUGCAUUGUUUAUAAGUGAAAAAACAGCCUCAAUUUUAUCCACAAUUAUUCCUUCUCUGAUGCUGAAUCUCAAAUGCUUCCUCAUAGUACUUCUUCGAUGUUUUGGUGGAAUAAUUACUUUUUCAGUAUGGCUCACUUACAGGGCAAGUGUGACAGCAUUUUUUUUUUGUAUGGCAGUUGCCAUCUUGGUAAGGACGACAUACGCUAAUCCAAAAAAUGUGUGCCGGGGUGGGCUGGAUGACGCCUGGUUGCUGAAACAAGCCCAUCUAGCUUGGAAGCUUCCAACUAGCUAAGGCUAACCUGGCUAACAAGUUGGGCGAUGUGCUAGCAGGUCUACGUUUCACGGUCAAUACAUUUUCUGAUAUCCUGUUAAAAAAUCAUGUGGGCACAGAGGUCAUCCAGCAUCAGCAUGUUGGCCAGCAGGAUGACCAGCUGUUAUUUGCCCGGUAUUUGCAUUAAACAAAAUCCCAAAAGGGACUCCACAAACACUGCCACAAGGUUAAGUUCUGUGACUGGCAUUUGCUGAGGUGACACCAAGCUGACGGCUAGCAGCUGUGACGGCAACCACCUGUCAAUCAAAGCAGCCAUGACCUAAAUUAUGCAUAACUUUAAGCCAUAAUUUAAUUUUAAUGUACGAGUUGUAUAAGAAUCCACCCUUGUACAGUUGUUAUGAAUUAUUAUACUAUUACUAGCCAUAGUAACACAACCAUAUUUUGCACCAGGCUGUUUAUUUCUGCUGUAAAGGUGGGCUUCCAAGCACAAGAACACAGGGUUAACGUAGACCUGCUGGCACUCAUUAGCAGAUCGCCCAGUGUGUUAGCCUAACUUGUUAGCCUUAACUAGUUGAUGGCUUCCAAAGCUAGAUGGGCUCAUUUCAGCAAACAGGCAUAUUUUGUGCUGUAUUUUGUGUGCAAAGUAAGUAACUUUUUACAUACAGUACAUACUAGUGAAUGAGGCCCAUUGUGACUGAAAUGCUCUUAAUCAAUAAUCAAAUAUUUCAUUACAGUAUAAAAAAUACUGCACUGUCCAAGUUAAUUUUGUGUUGUUGAAUUCAUAGUUGGGUUUUGCAAAUUCAUCAGUGCACUGGGAGGACAUUUGAAGAUUUCAGGGUUUGGUUAGGGUUCAAACAUUCCUUGUGGAAUGUGAAGGGUGGUCAGUUGGCUUCUGUCAGAUCUAUCAUAUGUUUUUCUUAGUGUAUUGUAUCAACAAUUUUUUUUUUUUUCAUUUUAACCGCCUUUCACAGAGAUCUGACAAAAUUAAAAACUUUGGAUUAUUUCCUCCUGAAACAACCACUGGUAGCAAUAAUGUUGACUUGUGCAUGGUUUAUAUUUGGUACUGAUUUCUCCAAUUUUCUAAAUAUUCAAAAGAAACAUUACUUUUGUCUUGAAAUAUAAAAAAUGAUGAACCCUAAUACAAAUCUUUCGUGGUGUUUUCCUGGUGGUUCUCUAUUGAGCGUGCCCAGGACUAUGCCAUCACUGUACUGUAUGUAGUGGAUGGGUAACGGGAAACAAAAGUUCCAUUGAUUAGAAACAAAAUUCCAUUAAACAUGACCUAAUUAGUGACAGACAAUAGAGACUCUGAGGUAAGUGCACACUUAGUGGAUUCCAUAAAUUGGUAUCUCUCUACUGAAUUCUCCUCCCACUUCAUUCCUGAAUGUCCAUAUUGUGACCAGAAAAGGGGCCAAAUGUUUAAACUACUGUCAUAAUGCCCAUUCCAGUGGAGCUCCACUCUACAGCAAAAUAAAUGUGAAUGGAAAUGAUAUUGACAUUGUUAUUUAGAUAGCUGGCGGCCAUUGUAAGCAUUUGCAUAUUGGCACAGCAUUCUUUUAUACUAUUUCCAUGAACAUUCUAGACUGAAGACCAUCAGUGAAAUUAAUUAAUUUUUCUGUUGUAAUACUCCUUGGCCACUGAGAGACAUGUUUCCAGUCGGUCUGAGAACGGUUAUCAAAGGACCCUAACUUUAAAUUUACGCUCCCUCAAUUGUGUUGAAUGUGAAAACUUUUAAAUUGAGCUGGGAGGGUAAUUACGAUCAGGGAAGGUAUUUUUAAUAAGAUUUUUCUUCUAUUUUUUUAUAUUUCUAUUUAGUUUUUUGUUGGUAUGUUUGUCUUGUAUGCUGAAAACUCUGUAAUACACCUUUAUUUUGAUUUCCUAUAACUUCAUAAUAAACUGUCUUUUGUGUGUCA